AUGAAAGCACUCAGUAUUGCAUGGCAGGGACUGCCGAGUACCAAGUUCUUGCUUCGCCAACAGCAACUGGCGAACUUCCUGCGGAAUACACCGGCUGUCAUCCGCACGGCGAGGAUCUGCACUUACUGUCUGACGCCGGACGGAGGAGAAGUCGAGCUUGUAUCCGGUAGUACGACAGCUCAUGAAGGCGAGCAACACGCUGACCCUGCUCAAACUCCGGAGUCCACCGGACAAAACUGCCAUUUUCAUGCGGGUGUAGAGCACUGUGUUGGCGAGGGCGAGUCGGAGAACAGCCACGCGGUUAGCUACGAGCGUUCGCACCGGGACUACAACGUUCCUCUACGUAUCGGACUGACGUUCGUGAUGCUCGCAACUGGGGCAAUCAGCGUCUUCACACCUAUACUGAUGUCUUCGUUCACCCAUAUCCAGAGAUCGAGCCUCUUCUUUGUUCUUCUGAAGCAAUUUGGGACCGGCGUCAUAGUCUCCACGGCAUUCGUCCACCUCCUGACACAUGCUACGCUCAUGUUUGCCAGUAAUUGUUUGGGCGAGUUAGACUACGAGGCGACAUCGGCGGCGAUCCUCAUGGCCGGGAUCUUCCUCUCCUUUCUGGUCGAGUACGUGGGCAUGCGGUUCGUAUCAUGGCGGCGGACGAGGCGUUCCGGCAAGCAAGCCACAGACGGAGAGACUGUGAAACCCCACGAAGUUGAAGGCAGCAAUGAGCCCAUCAUCAGCAGGGGAACGACUCCGGGAAGGAACGUGGGCAUGAUGAGACCAGUGCAAACCCCCGAAAAACUUAGCGUUCUCGUCAUGGAAGCCGGCAUCGUCUUCCACUCGCUAUUGAUUGGCCUCACCCUCGUCGUAGCCGGCGACUCUUUCUUCCUGACCCUUUUCGCCGUCAUCGUCUUCCACCAAGCUUUCGAAGGUAUUGCCCUCGGUACGCGCAUCGCGGAGCUGCCCUCUACGAAGAAUAUUACCGAUUCAGAAUCCCACGGUCGUCCCGUCUCACUGGCGUUCAAACUCUGCAUGGGCCUCGCCUUCGCCCUCAUCACUCCAAUCGGAAUGGGAAUUGGCAUCGGGGUGCUCGAUCGCUUCAACGGCAAUGAUCCUGCCACGCUCGUCGCUAUCGGAACGCUGGAUGCACUGAGCGCUGGCAUCCUGGCUUGGGUUGGCUUGGUGGAGAUGUGGGCUCAUGACUGGCUGCAUGGAGAGCUGGCGCAUGCGUCGGUGGGUAGGACGGUCGCGGGGGGUUGCUCGUUAAUUGCGGGCCUGGCGCUCAUGAGUCUGCUGGGGAAGUGGGCUUGA